AUGGAGCCUCAAAACAACAUUUCAAAUGCUUUUUGUUCAUCGUUGCUUUUAUUUUCAAUGAACUUGCUAUUUCUGCAACAUGUUUCAACUGCCACUCAUCUGGGAAAUGAAACCGAUCGACUGGCCCUGCUCGAAUUCAAGCAUCAAGUGGUCAAUUAUCGCGACGGAACACUGAACUCAUGGAAUGAUUCCCUGCCACACUGUCAAUGGCAAGGUGUUACAUGUAGCUACCGACAUCAAAGAGUCACAGCCUUGAAUCUACGCGGACAUGGCUUGGUUGGAUCCAUAUCUCCCCAUAUAGGGAAUUUGACCUUCCUAAGGUUCAUUGAUCUCAGAAACAACAGUUUCAAUGGUGAAAUUCCCCAAGAAGUUGGUCGCUUGUUCCGCCUGAGACAUCUAAACCUGACAAACAAUGCAAUUGGCGGAGCGAUUCCAGUUAACCUGAGCCGCUGCUCAGAGCUCAGAAUCAUUGAGUUAGCAACUAAUAAUCUCGUCGGAAAAAUUCCCCCGGAGAUGGGCUCUCUGAACAAGCUCGUGACACUUUUUCUUAGAGCGAACAAUUUGACAGGAUCAAUUCCGCAUUCUGUUGGGAACCUUUCAUCCCUGGAACAAAUUACUGUAACAUUCAAUAAUCUGGAGGGAAGUCUACCAAUUCAGCUUGGCCAACUCAAAAGAUUGACUUACUUAAGUAUUGGAGUCAAUCAUUUUUCAGGUAUGGUCCCUCAAACUCUUUACAAUAUCUCAACUAUCACUUCCUUCAGCGUCGGAGAUAAUCUGCUGAAAGGGAGUCUUCCGGCUAACAUAGGUCUCACUCUACCCAGACUGCAACUACUUAGUAUUGGCGCAAACCAAUUCUCUGGAACAAUCCCAUAUUCAAUCACCAAUGUUUCCGAACUUCAAGUACUUGAUCUUCCUGAAAACAACGUCAAGGGACCAGUUCCAAAUAAUCUAGGAGAUCUCAAAAAUCUUCGGAUUCUAAAUGUUGGAAUUAAUCUUCUGGGUACUAAUACAAGUCAAGACUUGAGCUUUAUUACAUCAUUGACAAACUGCAGCAAUUUACAAAGGCUAGACCUUGAUGGAAAUAACUUUGGAGGAGAAUUACCCAACUCCAUAGGCAAUUUCUCUCAUCAACUCACAGUGCUAGGGCUAUAA